UGGUUCCCUCCAGGCAUGGCCUACAGAAAGGACCUCUUCAUGAGGCGCACAUUGGACGUCCAUAAUGUGAUGGUUCGAGCCUGGUUGGACCACCUUGAGCAAGGCAUAGGAGACAAAGGCCAUGUGAAUAGGACCAGCACAUACAAUGGGUCCCUGGUGAGAACGUUCAAAGUGCUUCAGGCAGUACUUCCCUCUGACCGUCCAGCUAGACAUUAUCCUGGGUGCCCCUCCUGGAUGGCUGAUCUUAUGUGGCAGCUGACCAGAGACAGAAUCCGCCAGUGCCCACAUGAGUCAGACACUGUGGAUAUGUUGACAUUUCCAAUGGUUAGCACUGGAAAGAGUUUUGGAGUGAUUCGCAAGAUCCACCCUUUCAUCAACAGAGAUCUUGAGAGAGAUCGUGUCCUCACUGUGGAGCAGCCCAGUAUCACAGUGUCUAUAUGGGUCUUUCUGGUGCAGUGGUGUGACAAGAAACUGUGUGGAAUCAUCCAUCAUGUUGAUCAGAACAGCAAAUACGACACUCCUCUGAUACAGCUCACUGACACAGGAGAUAUCAUAAUUCAGGUUCGUGUGGUGUCUGGGGGAGAUCAGGCAUUCAGAGCCCACACAGCUCUGCCUCUCUGGACCUGGAUCAGACUAGACUGCUUCAUACAAGGCUCUAAGGUGACACUCUUUCAGAGUGACAUCCAUUACAAUGACACUGGUGGAUACUUUGUGAUUGGAGGGGGCAGGUUCAUGCCAGGUUUCCAUGGCUAUUUUGGACCAAUCAAAUACUAUCGUUUGGGCACAGAAAAGGUGAUCAACUUCCUUUCCCCUGCCAAGACAUUAGAGGGCCUGGAAAAGACUCACAGAGAGUGUGAUGUUAUCAGAGAAGUCACUGCAGCCUUUCUUCAGGCUGUGACACACAACCAGGAAGUCUUUAUGACAGGAACUAAGAACAGGAGAACACCCCUUCACCUUGGAAGCAGAUUGUUUGAGCAUGUAGUGAAUAGACUGUCCAAUAGAGGAAGCAACCAGAUGGACUCCACCACCACCUCCUCCUCCCUGAUAGCCCUGCUGCAGAUGUCCUCCUGCUAUGGCUACCACCACGCCUCCUUGCUGCUCUCCACCAUCCAUCUGGCUGGCCUGGGGGCCCCUGUGGACCAACAGCAGGGUCAUGUCUACAGUCUGAUUGGUGCACUGGGAGACAACCGUUUAGCCCUCAUGCAUUUGGGCUACAAACACACACAAGGAAUUGACGGGUUCCCCAAAGACUUUGACAUGGCGUACAGUUACUACUCCAAUGUUGGGGCACAGACCAGUAUUGACCAAGGGCGGGUACUGGGGAAUCAGCAAUAUAUCACUGAGCACAUUCUUAUAAGCAACGAGAACCACCUGAACAGCCUAACCCAUGAGACAGGUGACACCUUUCAGUAUAUCAAACUUCAAGCUGACAGAGGAGACGUUGAAUCACAGAAACUUCUAGCAAAGCUUCUAUUCUGGGGUCAAAAUGGUGUCUCUAAGGAUGUUGGGAGUGCAGUUAAGUGGUACGCUAAGAGUGCCAUGGAGCUGGAGGAUCCUGCAGCCAUGUAUGAGUACUCUAUCUUAUUAUUUAAGGGACAGGGGGUGAAGAGGAACAUGACUCUGGGUCUUCAGAUAUUGGAGAAAGCUGCAGCCAAGGGUUCAGUCCAAGCCUUGAAUGGGCUGGGAUGGUAUUACAGCACCAUACUGAGAGACUACAAGACUGCCUACAAGUACUUUGAACAGGCUGCCCACAAUGGCAGUCAUGACGGCAUGUUUAACCUGGGUGUGUAUCACUUAAAUGGGAAGAACCCACACAACCCAGAAAAGAAUGAGACUGCUGCGUUUCAUCUCUUCCUAAACUCCUCCCUCUAUGGUCACGUGGACGGGGCGGUGGAGGCGGCCUGGUACCUGUCCACAGGAAACAUGGAGGGGGUCUCCCGGGACACAGAGAGGGCUGUGAUCAUUCUGAAACAGAUCUGUGAGCAGAAUGGUUACCUGGGAUACAUCGUAAGAGAGGCUCUCCAAGCCUACCUCCAGGGCUCCUGGGGCGAGGCUCUGGUCAGGUAUGCCCUUGCCGCUGAAACAGGUUUGGGAGUGGCCCAGAAUAAUGUUGCCUACCUAUGUGAGGAGUUGAAGCAGAGCUAUGAUUGUCAAUGGAGGUAUUAUAACCAUUCCACAAUGAACUAUGCCCCACAUGAUUCUGGUUUGCUGAAGAUGGGCGACUACUACUACUCAAGCAGCAGGCUAGGAGCUGUUGAUCAGGCUAUAUCACUGUACAGCAGAGCAGCCCUGGCAGGCAGUUCUCAGGUGUCUUACCAUGUAUUAUCACUGUCAUUUACAUGCUACAAUUAA